GAAGUAAUAAAAGAGAAGAAUAUUAUUUUGGACUUUGAAAGAGCUAGUAUGAAUGCUCUUAAAAAGUUUUUUACAAGUUCUAAACUUUACGGCUGCAACUUUCACUUAGGACAAAUUGUCUGGAGAAGAGUGCAAAAUAUGAAGUUUGCGCAAGAAUUUAUGAGAAAUGACGAGGUUAAAUUGCAUGUCAAGAUGAUUUUGGCACUCAGCUUUGUUUUGAUCGAUGAUGUAUUACUUUUGGCCGCCAGGUUGAACGUUUCUCUUAAAACAGAAAAGUCUUAUGAUGCAUUAAGAUUAUUUGAAUGGUUUAAAGCUGAAUAUUUGGUGGAAAAUGACAGUAACAAAUCUAUAAGCUUUUGGAAUGUAUUUGAUAGAACUUUAAACGGAAUACCAAGGACGACAAAUAGCAUAGAAGGAAUGCAUAGGCAUUUGAACAGUCUUGUAAAGGUAAAACAAGCAUCAUUUUUUUUAAUAUUAAAAGAAUUAAUAAUUGAACAGGAAAUAACAGAAAAUAAGCUAUUACAAUCUCUGUAUUGUGAUUCUACUGUUAAUGUUGAAGAUAAAAUGAAAGAAAUUUUUAAUAGAUAUUCUGAGUAUUACGGUGUAGAAUUUUUGAAGAAAAAUGCAUUUAACUUCCAUUAA